AGCAAGAGGAGGCAGGAGAGGACGGGGACCAUGAAGCCUCCAAGUUCCAAGCGUCGGCUUUUGCAGGAUUGGGGCGAGAUAAAUAUGGGAGGUGAAAGGAUUUGGCGAUUUGCUCUCACGAGCACCGCAUCUGGUCAGCAGAUAUUAUGCCGGACAGUAUAUGACCAGAUGCGUUGCUGAGGGAGAGGGGGUGCUUCUGCUGCUUGCUUUGCUUUGCUUGCACUGUCAGGAAUCCAGCUUGUUUUAGAGAGAGAGAGAGAGAGGGCUGUCGGUAGUGGCCUUGUGUGGUGUGUUAGAGCUGUACUACUGCAAUGGACAAUGGUGAGAAGAGGGCCGGAGCUACAGGAGAUGUGCUGGUGUUGACAUGGCAACCCUGCCAUAUGAGCUUGCGCCAAAAGAAUUUAGUGGUCAAGAAGAAGAUCAACAAAGGAGUAAGCAUGCAACUUCAAGGAGUGUGAACGUGAAGAAGUCAUUGCUAGUGAAACAGAAGUCAUCUGUUGUUAAUGCUCAAAAGCCUCCGAUAGAGAAGCGGAGGAAGCCAGCUGCUUCGAAUGUGCAAUUUGUGAGGUCCCCGCUACUGAAUAAGAUCCUAACAUCGCCAAGGAUGGGCCACUCCGGAGCCAAACACCAAAGGUCACCAUAUGCAGGAUUAUCAUCUUCAACCUUACCCAAUGAUACAAGAAUGGCUGCUUCUCCUAAUCUUGGCCGAGAUUCAUCGAGAACAGGUAAAAGGCUCAAACCUAUCAACAGAGCCCUCGGCCGGCGCUCCACUACGGUAGAGGAAGAUGAGGUAGGAGAGGAUGAGGGUGAUGAAGCAACCAAGAUCCAGGAACUCACUUCUGGUCGUGGCGGGAUACAUAUGGAAACUCUACCAUUUGAGAUCGUGCUAGAAGAUGUAGGACAACAAAGGAAUAUGCAGCAGCAAGGAGGGAAAGAUGCAGCAUCAAGGAUCAAGUCCUUGCUGUCAAAACGGAAGUCCUCUGUUGUUAGUGCUUCAAAUCAUUCAGAAGGAAUACAGAGGAAGUCAUCUGUCUCACAUGUGCAUUAUGUGAGAUCUCCGGUACUUAAUAGAAUGCUACACUCACCAAGGAUGAGCCAGUCUCCGGUACUAUCUGCAAGAUCAUCAUCUUCGUCUUCAUCUGAUGAUACAAGAAUUGUUAUUUCUCCUGAUCUUGGGCCAGAAAUGGUGAAGGCUACAUUGCAAAAUCUGUUUUCUGCAUAUUCAUCAAUGUCACCUGAUUCAAACUACUCAGAACUAGAGCCUAAUGAUGGAAGUAUUGAUGAAGAUGACUGUUGGGCAGACUUUGAACAACAUCUUGCAGCACAAAAAAGGAAGACACAUAUCUGCAAGAUGAUCUUUUCCCUCGACAAAAGAAAUUUGAUAUUCUGCAGUGGUGGAGGAUACAUUCUACGAAAUAUCCUGUGGUUUCGCGUAUGGCAAGAGAUGUGCUUGCAGCACCCGCAUCAACUGUAGCUUCUGAAUCCGCAUUUUCCACUAGUGGAAGAAUUGUGAGUGACUACAGAAGCCGACUAACAAGCAAGAUAGUUCAAGCCUUAGUAUGCCUGCAAGAUUGGUUGAGAGCAGAAGGUUUAUCAGAUAUUAAAUUAUCAGAAGACGUCAAUGGUGAUGACGACGAUAUUUGAGGAAAGGAGGUGUCAAGUUGAGCAAAGAAGGGGCGCAAGACAGGGAGAACCGGUGAAGAAAAAUGACUUUUUUUUUUGUCUUUGUCGAUAUCUUUCAGUUUAGCAUUUCAACUUUAUCUAUGUUACUGUCUUUUGGAAUAGUAGUGUGUUGUGCGCCUUAUGAUGAAAGGUUGCUCUACUUUGAGCUAUAGUUUAGUAGUGUGUUGUGCGCCUUGCGGUAGAGGAUUCCCAGAGAGAAGUCAGAAGUUUCACAGGUUCACGUGGCUUAUGCGGACAGGUUCACGUGGCUUAUGCGGACAGAAGUUUCACAGUUUAGCAUUUCAACUUGUCUCUUGGCCAAAAUGCAACAUAUUAUAACAUAUUAUGCGGACAGAAGUUGUAUUAUAUGUUUACUGUAUUCAAAUGAGGUUCAAUCA